GAAACGAGGAGAGGAUGCAUAGCAUAGGAUGGCUCAAACCAGGUUGCAACACAACUUGUCGUCGAAAUGGAUGCAGCCAGCACGGCUGUUUCUACUACGAAUACUCCUACCUGUAGCAUUGGCAUCAAUGCCACUUGGCAGCACUCGUUGCUGGCAGCCCAGGAGCUAGACAAGAUAGCGUCUGUACUACAAGUCACCAAUGACGAGGGGCUUGGCCGCGAGCAGGGCCAGCGACCAUCGCUUGUCGCUGAGACGGUUGGAGACGAGCCCAUCGGCACCGUCUGCCGCCAGAGCCUUUUGGAAUCCCUGCCACUACGCGAAAGAGUAAAAGGUGCCGCCCCCUGGUCGCGGCGCUGGCAUCAUUUCGAACCCUGAGGUGUCUUGGUUUGGCGUGUCGUCAAUUUGCCAAUGGCCGAGACAUUCGUACGAGUUACUCGUACAGAUACAUAUCUCGG